CCGUUCAACAUUUGUGCAUUAUGUUCUCAGUUCUCUCUUUUCAAUUUCAACGGUCACCUUGUCUAUAUGACCGUUAGCCCAUCUCUUCAAAACUCUCACUUCCACUCCACAACCACAAACAAAUCGCAAAUACACAAUCACACUCGACACGUAAACACCAAUCAAUCGCCACGAAAAUUGCAAAUGGGGAUCACUCUAGGCAACCCACAAGCAGUGUCUCAAUCUCACUUUCGCACGCACAAGGUCUUCCUGUUGUCCAACUACGUUCUCCUGGGUGCAGCCUCUAGUUGCAUAUUCUUGACCCUUUCUCUUCGCUUGGUGCCUUCGUUAUGUGGGUUCUUUCUCAUUCUGCUUCACAUCUUCACCAUCGCUGGAGCAAUUUCAGGUUGUGCUGCAACUUCAUCAGGGACUAAUAGGUGGUACGCCGCACACAUGGUGGCCACAGUGCUUACAGCAAUAUUUCAAGGUUCAGUAUCAGUAUUGAUCUUUACUAGGACAGGGGAUUUCCUUUGGCAAUUGAAGUCAUAUGUAAGGCAAGAAGAUGGUGAGAUGAUACUGAAGCUAGCUGGUGGAUUGUGUGUGUUGAUUUUCUGCUUGGAAUGGGUAAUGCUUACUCUUGCAUUUUUCUUGAAGUACUAUGCCUAUGUGGAGGGUGAUAUUGGCAGUACUGGUGCUAUGAAGACGAGUUCUAAGAUGCAGCAAGGGGAGGGCCUGAAGGAUUGCCCAUGGCCUCACCAAGUCUAAAUUUAUAGCUCUGGUUUUGGGGUUGACAGUAUUUGUUGUGCCACGUUAAUAUGUUCUCCUUUUUUCUUCUUUUUUUUUUUUUUUUUUUUUUUUUAAAUGGUUCUUUUUUCUUCUUUUAAAUUGGAUUAUUUGUUUAUUUAUUUGUUUUUGGCAUCAAUUGGCUUAUACAUGUGGUGGGAUUCCCUUAGGGAUUGAUUUGGUCAUAUGAGGAGAUUGUGCAAAAAUCCCUUUGCUAUACUUCAACGCCACAGGAAUUGAAUAGCAUGCCAUUGUAAAUUCUCCUCUGGCUCUCACCCUGUUUGAGAGGUUCAAAGACUCCAAGCUUGUAUAACUUUGAAAUUAAGAUUUGAAAUAUGGCAAUCAUUAAACAUUGAAAAUUUGAAGUUCCCACUUUCCAA